UACGUUGCUGUGUGCCCGGCCGGCGUGUUUGUGCAGGUGUCUGGUUUUCGCCAUCGCUGUGGGCGUCCUCAUGCUCUGCCGCCGUGGCGGCGGUGGCGGUGGUGACAGCGGUGGUGGCGGCCGCGGCAGUUCCUCCGGCAUGGGCGGUCGGUUCGGCGGCAGGGGCGCGCUGGCGAAGGAAGCGGUUAAGUGUGCCCCAGUCAACGGCGGUGCGGUCCGGAGUGAGGAGCUCGCGGAAGUCGCUGGUGAGUUCAAGGAGGGGUUGAAUCAAUCGAAAGGGUAGGGCCUGUUCCGCGUCGGCGCCUGGCGGCGCGGUGCGUGUAAGGAGGGCCGACAGACCGUGGAGCGUGGUGUGGUAUGCGCUGCCCUUUUGGGUCAGCUCCAGCCCCGCGUCUUUGAUCAGCGAGAGUUGUCGUAGGUUGGUGUAAAAGCGGCACUGCGUGUGGAGUUGAUCUGCGGGCACUCUCUGUGCCACACUGUGUUGCAGGUGGAGCAUGGCGCGGGUGACGGCACCCAGUCUGCCCCCAUCGUUUAAGGCCUGGACGAGGGCCUUGCCUGCGCGGCGGACAUAUAGCUCGCGGAUGCUACCUACCCCCAGGCCAAGGGUGUUAGUGGGCUGGAGGAUAGCGCGGGUGGGGAAGCCGCGUUUCAGGCCGUAGCACAUCUUUGCAGUGCUUGCAAUGAGCGCAUCGAGGCUGGCCACGUCGUGUGUGCUGUACGGCAUGAACGGGAGGCUGUAGGCCACUGCUGGGUGGAUGGUGAAUUGUAUCAUCCGGAGUUUCUGGUCCGGUGUGGCGAGUGAUGUGGCGAUGCGUUGCCCUCGCUUCUUUAUUUUUUCCCGGAUGUACUGCACUUGUGCACUCCAGUCUAGGGUGGGGGUGAUGUGGAUGCCAAGGUAUUUGUAGGAUUCAUGGGGGGGCUUGUAUGGGAUAGCGGUGCCGUCUAUGCGGAUUUGGCCUUCAAGCAUUCUGGCGAGCGCUGCCUGGUGGGGCUUGCUGCGGGGGCCACCGAGGGUGGGAUCGGCGCGGGCGCGGCCGUGGAGUAUGCCUUGUAGUUGGCAUUUGGAGACGUUGACUUUGAGGCCGCCCCAUGCUGCAUAUUUCUCAAUUUUUUCAACUUGGAUUCGUAGGUUUGAGAUUUGGGUUGUGGCGGUGACUAAGUCAUCGGCGAAGGCGCCUGAGCUGAGGUUGUGUUUAUCAUUCUCGGCUUUGGUGAGACAUCCGUAUUGGUAUCCGCGCCCGCCAACAUGAAGCCACCGGAGCAGCGGUUCGAUAAAGAUGAUGAACAGUAGUGGUGACAGGACAUCGCCCUGUACCGUGCCGCGUUGGAUAGGGAUAGGGGGUGUGGUUCCAUGUUCAGUGCGCACGCUGGUGGCUGCCUUGCCGUAUAGGUCCCGUACCACCUCAAUCAGAUCGGUGGGGUAGCCUAGGUCGUGCAUGACAAUGAGCAGUUUGUCGUGGUCUAUCGUGUUGAAUGCGGAGGUAAAAUCAAUGUACAGUAGGAAGAGGUCGCGUCCGGUGAGGCCACGUUGUAGCCGGCGCGGUGCACUGCGCGGAGGCUUUGUAGCCGCUGAAUCCAAGCCAUUUCGAGCGGGUCCGCGAUGGCGGCGAAGGCGGGUGGCUGGCAUAACGCAUGCGUGGGGCAGCACCACGGCUGGCGUGGGGGCGGCGGGCGCGUCAGCGGUGGGUCCAGGCAUGCGCAAUGGUAGGCGGCGUUGCACCCGGGGUAGUCGCAGAGCAGCAUGGUGUUCUCGGGUUGUGGCUGGUGGCAGACGGCGCACGGGAGGUCGGCGUCGGGGGCGGGUGGCGGGGGUGGCGGGGUGCCGGCUGGGAGACCAGCCAGUGCGGCGAUGGUAGGGAGAGGCACGCGCUCCAGGGGGACGACGACCAGGCGGGCGAGUUCCGAGUGCCAGACGGCACGGUGGAACGGCGAGCUGGAAGUGCCGCUUUCGUGCUCCGUGGCUGUGGCGUUGAUGUGCUCGCGUAACCGUGCAAGGGCGGAGUGGACGGUUUGUCCCACGUACACAUCCAUCAUUGCUGCACCCCUGCGCUGACGUCGUCGUUGUCGUUGUCGCUGAUGGCGGGUGGGCAGGAAGAAGGCGGCGUAUAUGACACCGGGGGCUUCGGGGUUACGGGUCAAAGCGGCGUGUUCGCCGGGGGCGAACCGUGCCCGGGCGGCAAGGAUGGCCCGCACCACCGCCGGAGGGGUCGCAGCCGACGUGAGACCCAAAAUACGUGCCCGGUGCUCGCCAUCGCUGCCUUUCCAGUUUGCUGGUAAGGCCGCGGCUCUGAGAGCGAUGACGCGUUCCCCGAUGCCGGCUGCUUCAGUGGCUUCCACGCGACGACGUUUGCGUUUAGCCAUGUUGGGGCCACAAAGCCGUACACGUGUAGGCGCUCAUAAUGCUUGGUGCCGCAGAGUAGUCAAUCGAGUCAACGCAGCCGAGAAAAGUCCAGUAACCGAAGGCAAGAAACGGCUGGCAACAAACUGUAGGCUGAUAACCAUAUGAAGGCUGUAGGCUUAUAAUACCAGAACACAAGCGCGCUACUGGCGGGUACGACGCGUGCAAAUGGAGGCUGCACCCGCAAGCGGGAGGCUCGCCAGUUCCAAUCGCUCGAGGGCGGGACCUCGAGUGGGUCCCUGCCACUGGCCAACAGAUACCGGCGUGAACUUGCCGGGGGCCAGGGGCGAUUAUCCCUGAAACGCCCUGUUAGCGGAGUGCUGUCGAAAUGCGAACGCGAAUGUGCGCGACACGAAGAGAAGUUGUAGUCGCUAGCACGCAUAGAAGGCCGGUUAGCAGGAGGCGGUCACAGCAGACAUGUUACCUCAUCCAGACGGUAAACGCCACGGGCAAUAGAGGAGCGCCGCCGACCCAUCACUGAUAUAACCAGGUUGCGAUGGCUAGGCUGUCGGACGGCUGGCGGGCUGGCGCGGAGCGGAGCUGCGGGGCGCGCGGCAUCCGAAACCAACCUGGAAAACACCAGCGCCACCGUCGUCCAGCAGCACAUGUGAGGGAGGGAGUGAGUGGAAGCGUAAGAAACCGGGAAGGAAGCAGCGGGCCAGACAGGAAGCAAAACAGCACAGCAAGUAACCGCGGGCUGGGCGGCUGGCUGUCGCUGCGGUUGGGGCUGGCGCGGGCUGGAACGGAACUAUGGAGGCGGAGUGGACGGAGCGGAAAGCAAGUAUGUAAAUGGGGAGGAAU